UUUUUUCGACAGGAGGAGGGGUGUUGUGGGGAAAUGCUCGGCGGACCGUGAAGCGUAGAAGAGGGACAAAGACGCACAUACAGCGGGACAAAAUGCGACAGACAGAAAGCUCUUACAACUAAAACAAACCACAACAACAUCGCGAUACAAGAAUGGAGUUUAAGAGUUGUAGAGCUGGGGAGAGAUUUCGAGAGGGAACAUGGCAGGACAGAUGAGUUUACAAGCUGAGUUUUUGGAUAAUAAUCACUGUGGUGAGGGUGCGCGUUAACUUUGGAUAACUUUGGAUAACUGUGGCACGUUCCAUACCCACCUCAAAUCUGCACCAUGGAGCAGAAACGGACUGCAGUUUGGAUUGUUAUUCCCACUUUUGAACGGACAUGCUUCCCGGAAUAACUGUUGCUGUUUUCUGCAGCCACGCGUGGAGAGGAGGACUGGAAACACAUGCACAACCUGGGAUCAUUUAUUUAUAAAGUGCAUUUUUCUUGGGACUUUGUGUGGAUUACUUGUUUAGGGAGACUAAGGGAUUGCCCUGCUGCUGGAGAAAGCACUGCUACAUGUAUAUCUACCUGGACACACCAAAAACAAUAGUUGCUUUUUCAAUUCAAUUGAAGUGGACAGAAACACUGACAGCCAAUCAAAAUCUACCAGAGUGAGAACAGUUUUCUUAUUCUAAUGAUUCAUAUUCUGAACUCUCUCCAAGCAUGAACGUGUAUUUUUCUUGGCCUGUUUGUGGAUAACUUGUGAAGUGACAUUCAGUGACUGUCCUGCACGUCUCCGAGCCAGAACUUCCUCCCAAGCAUGAGAUGUUGGUGCAGUUUCCUGGCACUUCUCCCCUGGGUGCUGGUGUUUUUGGACGCCCAGCUGAUCUGCUGGCAGGCGCUGCUUCGGUGCCAUGAAGAGCCCGAGUGCGACCUGGCCUACAGUCAGUACUUAGCAGCGUGUGAGGGGAACAUCAGGGGGACGAGAAGACAAUGUCCCAGCCACUGUAUCAACGCUUUAAUCCGGUUAAACCACACUCGAAGUGGUCCGGAUCUGGAGACGUGUGACUGUGCACAGGAUCAGGAGUGUGUGAAGGCCAAACGCACCAUAGAGCCGUGUUUACCGAAGAGAUAUCCGAGCGAUGGAGGGGGAAUCGGAUGCAUGGAGGCUAGGCAGCGCUGUGAGGAGGAUAGCAGAUGCCACACCUCUCUUACAGCUUAUUUAUCAUAUUGUGGUCAGCUGUUCAACGGCAGGAAAUGCUCCUCCAAGUGCAAAGCCACCAUCCAGCAGAUGCUGUUCAUCCCGAACGGCGUGCUGCUGAACCGCUGUGUUUGCGAUGGGGUGGAGAGGCCUUUCUGUGAAGUGGUGAAGGAGAACAUGAGCAAACUCUGCGCCAUAGGAGACCACAUUGUUGUUUCAGACCAGCCGGAUGUGGACGACUUCUACGAGGAUGAAGACUAUGACCCUAAAGUUGACAGAGACGAGGAGGUGGGUCAUAACUCUGCUUCACACGGGCUUUACAGCCUCAUUCUGCUCCUGGUUCUUCCUCUGGCACGGAUACUGUACUGAGAACAUUGGGAUUUAAAAAGGACACAUAAUCUGUGUUUGAGAGAGCUUGCAGGACACAAAUGGUGGAUGAAAGGGAGAUCUUUUUUCACCCCAGAGCCUUCCUGCUUUCCCAUUUUAGUUGCAAAGCGACCGUGAGCACAUUGUUGUUUCAGACCAGCCUGAUGAUGAUCUCUAGCACGGAUAUUGUACUAAGAAAACGGCUAAAUGGAUUUAAAAAGGACAAAAUAAUCUCAGUUUUAGGGAGCCUUGAAGAGUCCAGCUUGAAAGUGACACGGCACUUUCCUGCAGGACUCAAACGGUGGAUAAAGGAAUAUAUUCUUCACUCCAUGGCCCUCCUUUCUAUUCCAUUUUAGUUGCAGGGCUGAGAUUUGUAUGCUUUCCACAACUGUACGAUUCGCAUUGUAAAUCUGAUGUUUUUUGAGCACAUGUCACUCAGAAAAGCUGCUUUUCCCCCUGCUCUGUUGACAAGAUGAUGAUGAUGAGAGGAAGAGGAAGUGACCCGCGGCAGACUGUGUUGCAGAGCAUUGCCAAGUUUGAGUGCCUUUAAACAGAUCCUGUUUGUUUGGUUUCAAUGGUGCUUGGAGCGUGGCUUUAUUAAGACUUUAGACAAACACGGGAUCCGUCCAGUCUGUGUUUGCUCUCCACUUUCAGGGGCCUCCACACUUCAAACAUUUGUGGGAACAGUCAAAGGACAAGGCGAGGGGUUUUAGGAUCAAGUAGUGAAAUUAGCUGAAGUGCCUCUCAAGCAGCCCCUCCCCCCGAAGUGAGAUUGUUUUAUACAACUUUUCCUGAGACCCCCUCUUCUUCCUCUCUACGUCCUGCCCACUUUCACGCCUUAAAAAGACCCCCGUGUGACUUUAUGACUGCUUUCACACUGCAGCAACCGGCCAGGAAAAGACUGUUUGUGAUGCAGGUCAACAAAUCACACCUGGAGUUUGUCCGGCUCCGAGACGGACGCUGUUUCACUUCUGCAUGGGAUUCACAUUCAUCUAACUCAAUAAAAGAAUGUGCUUUUUAUGGAUUAGAGCUGCAGACACAAGUGGAUUGAUAGAAACAGAAUCACUCACAGUAUUUUUUCACAACAAAAUGAAAGAAACUGCCGUGAAGCUUCAUAAAUAUGGAGAUUUCUCUGAUUUCUGUCACAUUAAAGGGGAUACAUGUGACAAAACAAGACUUUUGAGUAACUUCAAUGGACAUGUUCUCUACAUUCUCACAUUUGAACGACCAAACAAUAUCCCUAAAUGAUCAACUGAUCAGUCGAUAAGGGAAAUAAUUGAUAUUAGCAGCCAUAUUGUGUUUUUUAAGGAUUGCCAGAGCGAACACAAGGCCUGCCUUAUUGAAUCUGAUUAAAGCAACAGAAUAAUGAAAUGAAUGUGGGGAAAGAGACACGCUUUCACACAUGGGUUGAAUGUAUGUUAAUGGUUUUGUGCCACACAGUGUUCGUUAAAGAAGCCUGAGAGAUUGUAACAAGAGGCUUCAUGUAGAGCAACGUUACCAUGAAGGAAAGUGCUUGAUGAAGAAAUGCACAGACAAAACUCAGACUGAAUAAAGGAGAGAUUUUGAGUACAGUUCAAAAACACAAGGCUUUUAUUUAGUAUGUUUUGAACAGCAGUUUUUCACUCGUCCACUAUUAAGCUGUUUAGCAAAGAGGGAACUUAAAAUCAGUGUUUUCGUUAGUUUUGAUCCUAAUGAAGCUGCCAAUUUGUGUCUUUGCCACUUGAAAUUGUCAAAACUAAUCUGUGUUUUUCUGAUGAAGUUUUUACAGAAAUGUUUCUAAAUGUUAAAUUAUGAAGCUAGAAUAUGAAGAAUGUGUAUAUAUUUCACAAUGAUAUAAACCACGGUCACUUAUUACACACAUUCAACUCAUCAUAAACACAAACGUAGUUCAGAUUUUGUGCACGCAAAACCCCGAUUUAGAGAUUUCAGUUUUUCGUCUCAUCUUCAGAGUGAUGCCUUCCAUGUGUGAGAGUUUUAUAAUAAAAAUGUUUAUGA